AUGGACUACCUUUUUGGAUUUGCGUCUUCCCUUUCAAGAGAUUUGGUGUGCGGUUUAAUAGGUGAAUUAAGUUAUCCCUGCUGCUUCAACAAUUUUGUUCAAGAUGUCGUAAAAGAAGAAGGUAAUUUGACUGUAACAAGAGAUAGUGUCCAAGAACGUGUUACACGAGCCAAGAAGCAAACUAGAAAGACCGCUGAGAUUGUUGAGAAGUGGUUGAAGGAUGCUAACAUUGUCAUAGGCAAUGUUGAUCAGUUACUACAAAUGGCAAAAACAGAAAAUAACUAUUGUCUUGGGCACUGUCCAAAUUGGAUUUGGCGAUACCGUGUAGGCAGAAAGUUAUCAAAGAAAAAAAGGGACCUUAAAUUGUGCAUUGAAGAAGGUAGACGAUAUAUACAGAUGGAAUGGCCUGCUUCACUUCCAGCAGGCUUUUUUUCUUCUGAAAAAUGCUUGGAUUUUGAUAGUAGAAAACCUGCUUAUGAAGAACUUACACGUGCUUUUGGAGAUGAUGAGGUUACUAUGAUUGGAUUGUAUGGGAUGGGGGGUUGUGGAAAAACAAUGCUUGCAAUGGAAGUAGGCAAGAGAUGCGGCCAUCUUUUUGAUCAAGUGCUUUUUGUGCCUGUAUCUAGUACUGUGGAAGUGGAAAGGAUCCAAGAAAAAAUUGCAGGCUCUCUUGAAUUUGAAUUCCAAGAAAAAGACGAAAUGGACCGAUCACAACGGUUAUGCAUGAGGUUAACACAGGAAGAUAGGGUUCUUGUGAUUCUGGAUGAUGUGUGGCAAAUGUUAGAUUUUGAUGCCAUUGGGAUUCCUUGUAGUGAACAUCAUAAAGGUUGCAAGGUUCUCAUUACCAGUAGAUCUGAAGCAGUUUGUACUUUGAUGGAUUGCCAGAAAAAAGUUCAUCUAUCAACACUAACCAACGAUGAAACGUGGGAUCUUUUCCAAAAGCAAGCAUUCAUAUCUGAAGGAACAUGGAAUACUCUAAAGAAUUUGGCUAAAGAAAUUUCAAAUGAAUGUAAAGGUUUGCCUGUUGCCACUGUAGCUGUCGCUAGCAGCUUGAAAGGCAAGGCUGUGGUGGAAUGGAAGGUUGCAUUGGAUAGAUUGAGAAGUUCGAAGCCUGUUAAUAUUGAAAAAGGUUUGCAAAACCCGUACAAGUGCUUGCAGUUAAGCUAUGAUAAUUUGGACACUGAAGAGGCCAAGUCACUUUUCUUGUUGUGUUCUGUGUUUCCUGAAGAUUGUGAAAUUCCCGUGGAGUUUUUGACUAGGUCUGCAAUAGGGCUAGGCAUAGUUGGAGAAGUUCGCUCAUAUGAAGGGGCUAGGGAUGAAGUGACUGCGGCUAAAAAUAAGCUCAUAAGUUCUUGUUUGUUGCUAAAUGUUGAUGAAGGAAAAUGUGUUAAAAUGCACGACUUAGUUCGUAAUGUAGCCCAUUGGAUUGCAGAGAAUAAGAUUAAGUGUGCCUCAGAAAAGGAUAUUAUGACUUUGGAACAUACUCCAUUAAGAUAUCUAUGGUGUGAGAAAUUUCCAAUUAAUUUGGAUUGUUCCAAUCUCGACUUUCUACACAUUCACACAGAUACACAAGUAUCAGAUGAAUUUUUCAAAGGAAUGAGAAUGCUCAGAGUUUUGUUUCUUUACAACAAGGGUCGGGAGAGAAGGCCAUUGUUGACUAUAUCAUUAAAAUCGUUGACAAAUCUUCGUUGCAUACUUUUGAGUAAAUGGGAUUUAGUUGACAUCUCAUUUGUGGUAGAAUUGAAGAAACUUGAAAGUCUUACAUUGUGUGAUUGUUCAUUCUUUGAAAUACCUGAUGUGGUUACACAAUUGACAUACUUGAAAUUGUUGGAUUUGUCAGAAUGUGACAUGAAAAUGAAUCCGUUUGAAGUGAUUGGGAGACACACACAGCUGGAAGAACUGUACUUUGCUGACCGUAGAUCAAAAUGGGACGUCGAAUUCUUAAAAAAUUUUAGGGUCCGCCAAGUGUUACAGAGGUAUCGGAUACAAUUAGGAAGCAUGUUUGCCGGUUUCCAAGAAGAGUUUCUCAAUCAUCACAGAACUUUGUUUCUCAGUUAUUUGGAUGCUUCUAAUGGAACGAUCAAGGAUUUGGCAGAAAAGGCAGAGGUCUUGUGUAUAGCAGAGGUAGGAACUCUCUUCUGCAAGUUGCAUUGGCUAAGAAUUGAGCACAUGGAGCAUUUGAGAGCUUUAUACAAUGGUCGAAUGCCUCUUGGUGGACAUUUUGGGAAUUUAGAAGACCUAUAUAUAAGUCAUUGUCCAAAGCUAACAUGUCUCUUCACACUUGCAGUUGCUCAAAAUCUGGCAAAGCUGGAGAAAUUACAAGUAUUAUCUUGCCCUGCACUUAAGCAUAUACUAAUCGAUGAUGAUAAAGAGGAAAUAGUUAGUGCUUACGAUCACAGGCUACUGUUGUUUCCAAAAUUGAAAAGGCUUCAUGUUAGAGAGUGUGAUGUGCUGGAAUACAUAAUCCCAAUCACUUUCACUCAAGGCCUUGUACAGUUGGAGUGUUUGGAAAUUGUGUGUAAUAUUAAGUUGAAAUGUGUAUUUGGCCUAAGCUCACACCAAGAUGGUCAGAAUCAAAAUGAACUCAAGAUCAUCGAGCUUUCGGCAUUGGAAGAGCUUACUCUUGUUAUGUUGCCAAAUAUUAAUAGCAUUUGUCCAGAAGAUUGUUAUCUAAUGUGGCCAUCCUUGCUUCAAUUCAACUUGCAAAACUGUGGAGAGUUUUUCAUGGAUUAUCCGUUGAUGGAGAAAAAGAUCCACCGACAUCAUGCUUGGAAAUGUUGUAUUUGGAUAAUCUACCUCAGCUCAGGAGGGCUUCCUCAAUUGAAAGCACUAAAGAUAGAAAAGUGCAAUCAGCUAGAUCGAAUCGUUGAUGAUAUUGGCACCUCAACUCCCUUAGGAUUAUUUGGUCUCCCCAGCCUUGUAAGGUUAACACUAAUAUCAUGUCCCAUGCUGGGUUCGUUGUUCACAGCAUCCACUGCCAAAACCUUGACUUCAUUGGAAGAAUUGACAAUACAAGAUUGCCAUGGUUUAAAGGAACUGGUAACAUAUGGAAGGGCUCAAAAAAAUAGAAGGGGAGAAAUAGUUGAGGAUCAUCAUCACGACUUUCAGAGUUAUACGUCAAUGUUCGAAAGUUUGAAAAAGAUUAGUAUUAUGAGAUGUCAUUUGCUGAAAUGUAUAUUGCCGGUUACAUUUGCAAGAGGACUGGUGAAAUUGGAAGAUAUAGAAAUCACAGAUACUCCUGAGUUGAGAUAUGUAUUUGGUCAUUCUUCUCCUCAGUAUCCAAACGGGUUCCAAAUUGAGCUUCCUGUUUUGGAAAAAGUUGUACUCUCCAACAUACCAAAUAUGACUGCAAUUUGUCCAGAAAACUACCAUGCAACAUGCUCGUCUUUGCAACUUCUUGUCAUGAACGAUGUUGGCCUAUCAAUCAAUAAUUUGAUAGUUGAUUCAGAUCUUAGUUCUAAAACAGAUGAAGGAGAAACAAUCAUGAGUACUGAGAAGAAGUUAAUAUCUGUUACUAUAGAGAACGGAUCUGAAAUUGAAGGCAUUUUUCAAAUGAAGGGAUUCCCAAGUGAGAAUGGACAACAAGUGAUGACCUGGAUAGAAGACCUUAAAUUGGUCAAUUUGCCAGAGCUAAUGUACAUAUGGGAAGGUGCCAAACAUUUUAUCCUAGUGGUAGAACAGUGCGAGGAAUUGGAGCAAAUCAUUGAAGAUGAAGAAGAAAAUGAAAAUGUCCCAAAUCCUCAAGUGUGCUUCCCACAGCUAAAGUUUCUUCUUGUCACACACUGCAACAAAUUGAAGCAUUUGUUCUAUAUCCCCACAUCCCAUGAGUUUCCAGAAUUGGAACAUGUAAUGUUAAUGCAACUGCCAAACCUCAAUAAUAUAUGUCAAGGGAUUGUUGAGUUUCAGACUCUGACCAAUCUUUUGGUGCACAAUUGCCCGAAAUUCUCACUAACUUCGACGACUACUAUUGAGGACAUGCUACAAACCUAUGAUUAUGACAACGAAAUCGGUUUCUAUCUCUGUCCAUACUUACACGACAUAGGUUCUACAAAUGGUCAUGAGUUCCUUACAUCAAAGAACAAAAACAAAGAGAUACAAGAUUUACAAUCACAGGAGCAGAAUCUGUCACCCAUUUAUUUACCAAACUCGACAGAGGAGUUGUUUAAAGGACAAACAAUGGAUGAACCAUGUUUGAUGAGGCAACAAAAGGCACUUGGAGAAUCUAGGGUUAUUGAAAAGGGAAUAGAAUUAGAGAGUGCGGAGAUAUUAGCUUUGUCAAUUCAUUCUGAAUCUGAUAGCUCGCAUUCAAGCCCACUAGCUACCUCUCAAUGUAGCCCUCAUCCUCUAUAUGAAAUUGGCUUCACUCGAACUGAGACUUACAUUAAUGAAGAAAACAAAGGCCAUCCUAUAAACCUAGGAGGAGACUUGGAGGCCAAUGAUCUCAAUCCCGUGGAAGAGGAUGAUAAAGGCCAAAUAACCGCACCCCGUGUUUCUGAAGUGACUACUGAUAACUUGGUUACACAGACUCUUUCUGACCUGGAAGAGUGUUUAAGCAUAUCUCUGAAAGACAUAGCUAGCUCAGAGACUAACAGCCUUCGCCUUCUAACCGCUCUCAACUUCUUGUCCCACCUUUCUUUAAAAGAUGUAGCACUAUCAGACGAACUCCGAGCUAUAAUAGACACAAUGCACACAGAAUUCCCAACCAUCCUAUGCUCCUUCAAGCAAGCCUUUAUUACCAUAGACAAAUUUGCUGUGAUUGAAGCUCAUCACGACAAGGCAGCAAUUACUCUUUCUUCCAAAAUUUCCAAAGCAAAAAGUUUUUUGGAUGAAGCUCAACAGAGGGAAGCAGCUUUAAAGGAAAAGAUCAUUCAAUUGGAGAAAGAAAUAAAAUAUCUUCAAGAGGAAAAGGACAAAUGCAAUCAAGAAACUCUAGGCUACAAAAUGGAGUUGGAGAAUGUGAAGAAAGACAAGUAUCAACAUGUGCAAGAUCAAAUAAAAGCUCGGCAACAAAUAUUUGAGGUUGAUUAUAAAUGGUCUGCUCUACUUAGUCAGUUUCGGUACAAGCACAGUGUUGCAAGAAAUUUUUCAUGA